UCAGUACAUCGUUGUUUGUUCUGUUGCAAACACCAACAAACCCCAACAAACCCCAAACAGCACGUUAAGUUGGAGCACAACAAGCGGUAACAUGGCCCCCAAGAAUCCAUCGCAUCCUGGUGGAAAUUCAUCCGCCGUUGCGAUGGCCGCCAGUCACACCAUCUCGUACGUGCAGUGCCAGAACCUGAAGUACAACGUCAUCAUCCUCGGCUGGCUCGGCGUGAUCAUUUCCAGCGUCAUCCUGGGCAGCUCCGCGCUGACCAUCCACGUGCUUCCCGACAUCGAACUGCUGCUCCACCAGUGGCCCAUGAACCUGGUCCCGGUUGAAGAACAGCAGCUACUGGUCAAUCUGUUGGCCAUCUUUAGCUCCAUUGUGUACGGACUGUCGCUGAUCAACAUGGGCGUCAGUCUGCUGCUGCUAAUUGGUAUUGCCCGGGACUCAAGUUGCCUCAUAUAUCCCUGGUUGAUCUAUCAUGGCGUUAUUUUUGGCUUCGGUCUUUAUUUGGGGGUUUUCUACGCGACCGCAGGUCUGUUUAUUGACCUGUCGAGCUUUCUAAUGUGUCUUCUGGUGUUCACCCUUGUGCUGGUUAUAUUUUACAAGAUCUAUCACGAGGUCUUCACCCUAUUCCGCGUGAUGGAGCAGCAGUCGAAGGCCGGGGGAGUGGGAGUGGACGGGCUCUACUACCAGGAUGCGGAGAAUGGAUGGACUGCGGCUGGGGUUCCCUUUCAGCAUGUUUAUGUGCCGCGUCUGCCGAUCCAAAAGUAACAUGAACACCAUCACCAACAAUUUCCAGACCCAGACUGCAACACCAACAGCAACGAAUAGAAAAAGUAGAAAAAUAUGACAUUUGGACUGCGUUUGUACGAUUAAUAAACGUUUCACGGGUUCGAAUUCAUCUCAA